AUGUUCAGGACAUCCUACAUCAGCAAGGCAAAGGGCCCCACAGACCCCACAGGGCCACAGAGACCCCGCAGGGCCCCACAGACUCCGCAGGGCCACAGAGACCCCGCAGGGCCCCACAGAUCCCACAGGGCCCCACAGACCCUGCAGAGCCCCACACAACCCACAGGGCCCCACAGACCCUGCAGAGCCCCACACAACCCACAGGGCCCCACAGACCCUGCAGAGCCCCACACAACCCACAGGGCCACAAAGACCCCGCAGGGCCCCACACAACCCACAGGGCCCCACAGACCCUGCAGAGCCCCACACAACCCACAGGGCCCCACAGACCCUGCAGAGCCCCACAUAACCCACAGGGCCACAAAGACCCCGCAGGGCCCCACAGAACCCAGAAGUCCACGUUGUCAGCUGUGUCAGCUCAACACAGACUGA